GAAACAUUAAGUGUGAAUAAACGACAGGUGGAAAAAGUGAAAUUGGAGAAUCAGAAAAAGAAAAAUCGACGUCAAUGGCCGGGACAGGAUCACCUCGUAAUUCAUCCCCUGCUAAUAACAAUAUAGAAGUGCUGCGGAUGCAGGUGGAUAUCGAUUUAAUGGCUCGUCAGUCAGCUAUGAUGAUUAAGCUUACCGAUGAAAGCAUUGCCGCUCUUAAAGUAGCUCAAAAGACUCGACAACCAGUGCGGCUAAAAAUUGAUAAGCAGGGAGGUGCUAUUGAAAUUGGUUGCGGUGGACAGGCAACUAAAUUUCGUUUCGUCAUCCAGGAAGUACCAGGUGCACCAGCGGAUGCUGUUACCUAUGAUUGCCAAAAGAGAUAUCGAACCGUGUCUACUUUCCACUCCAAAAUACAGGUACAAACUACCGCGAAGGCGCUUGCGGAAACACGUGAUAAGCUUAUCGAGGAAGAAAAAAAGAAGCAUAUGAAGGAAUCGUCGAGACAUAAGCGUGAGCAACGCUCAGUAACUGUGAUGCGUGCAACGAACCCGUUGGCGAUCGGCGCCCAACGCCCAAGUUCGUCAUCCUCUGCUCGAUCUCAUCAUUCUGAUUCUUCAUAUAAAACUGCUGCAUUCAGAGGCGUGGGUAACCAGCAGCAACAGGCCUCUUCGAAUGCAUCAGCUGCUGGUGCACGAUCGUUUGUUCGUGCAGAACUUUCAAGGCGACCAUUGAGGAAGCGUGUUAUACACUUGGUUAUACUUGGACGAUUUUCUUCAACAAGUGAAAUCAUUACUCAAAUACGGAAAGAUUCUUUGAGUGAAGAGAUUGCUCAAGAAGAUGCUGAUCGAGUACAAGAAAUUAUUGAUGAAAUUGGAGAAUUGAAUCGUGAAGCUGGUCGAUUGCAACUCAAACAAGCAUUCUAUAAUGAGGUGGAUGCACGUUGGCCAGGUUUUAGUUCAGAUGAAAAGAGUUAUGUACGGAAGAUUUUGUCUGGUAGUAUGGGUAAUAAUAUUUCCAAUUUCGCACCAGUACGAAAAUCAAGGAUUGUCCCCAUGAUGGCACCUGGAUCAGGAACGCUGUUUAGUAAUGCAGCUCUGUCAACGGAUGAUUCAUCUUUUCGCGCUUUGCAAAGCAGAUCCCCGGAAUCCACGGCUUCCAGUAUUAGCUCAAAAAGUCCUUCCGAGAUUAAUAAUAACGUAAAUAGUACGGGAAUGGAUGGUAAAAUGAAUGAUGAUCUCAAUAAUUCAAGUAUGCCUAGUUCAAAGCGAAAAGCUCAUGCUAAUUCAGUAAUAGCACCUCCUCAGAUCACAUCCAAGCGACCAAGGCAACAGUCGCUAUCACCGCCGGAAGACCCGUCAAACGCCAACUUAGCCAUGCAUCCACAACAAACGAAAAAUGCUGGUCAGUGUAUUGUUGGACUGAAUGAUACUGAACGCCCAGCGGAACCAGUAAGCUCUACAAACACUAGUUUAUCGCCUAGUUCUGCACCACAAACUAGUCGUGAUUGGUUGAAGGAGUUCCCAGAACCACGAAGUUUAGAGGAAGCCGAAAAGUACUACCUGAAGUUUCUGGAUGAUUAUCCAAAGUACCUGACAUGUUAUAAUCUUCUGUCAGCUGUGGUAAACGAAUUCAAAGAGCUAGAAAAAAAGAUGAACGAGGCACCGAAGAAUUCGAAAGAACAUGAAAAGGCGGAAGAAGCAAUAGAAAUGCGAUAUAUGCACUAUCAGCGUAAUCCGGAGUAUUUGGAAACAAGACAGAAACAUGAGGAUUUGAGGUCAAAGUUGGAAAUUCUGAAGAAACAUGUAGAUUUCUGGGAAAAAAACCAAGGAAAACAUCUGGUUGCGGACAAAACUAACUUAAACAAUAAUGGCAACAACAAUAAUCAUCAUACUUUGAAGAAUACAGCAUUAUGACUUUUCUGAUCAAUUCCCG